GUACUCCGCCAUUAUGUAAUUGCUAUGACAUUGAAACUAAAUAUACGUGGUGGUAUGAGACAGUAGGUCACUUGUUUCGGAGAACUCUAUCUCUAAAUCUAAAAUAAGUAGGUCAUCGAAGUUAUAUGCAAGCGCAAACUGUACUGCCUACGUACUCAUCCGCAUAGCAUACUUGCCGCCAUUUUGUGCAGCUAUAUAUAAUGAUUAUGGUCAGGCGGUCUGUUAUGACAAAAUGACUCGGGAUGGACAAAGAGGAUUGCUACCAACAUUUCUGUUUGUUGUGUACGUUUUUCUCCUGAUGUAUCACGGUGACACCAAGUGCGUGUACAAAACUCGCCGACUCUUGAAGGAUGGCUGUAUGAACUACUGUCCCGAGGACCAAUGUCCCGAGGAAUGUACCUACUGUGACAGCGGCUUCUAUGGGUCUGACUGUACGAGGAGCUGCCGAGGACACUGCUUGAAUGGAAGGUGUGCCCUACUGGCCAAUGGUAGAGCCGUCAACUGUACGGAGGGUUGUGUGGAGGGGUGGCGGGGGUUAACGUGUAGUACUAGAUGUAAGUAUCCUUGUCGGGAGUGUGGGAGAUACACUGGAGACUGUGUAGGGCGAUGCAGGGAUGGUUUCUACGGACCUGGAUGCUUACAGCGAUGUCCAUAUACCUGUUCCCGAUGUGACAAAAACAACGGAGUAUGUUUGCCUAACACUUCUGUUGAUGCAGACCUAUUGCCGAUAAUACACAAAAUCACAUUAAGCCUGACACAUGGUAUCGACAUUAACAAGACUCACAGCAGUCACGUGAACAAGACACACGACAUUCACAAAGCAGAGUUACAUCAACACUCUGCAAUGACGUCAAGACCCCUUGGUGACAGAUGGUCAAUAUCCCCAUAUUUCCUCACUGGCGUUGCUGUAUUAUCUGCAGUAAUAACUUUCAUCAUCGUCAGCAUCGCCAUCACCAGGAUGAAAGCGACAAGAAUGCAAUCGAAGACGGAUUCAGUUGAGAAGCGUGAUGAGUCUGAUCGGCUCCUCAAUGUGAAAGUCAACGUUAUUUUGAGUAAUGAAGUUUCGUGAAUCCGUGUUUAUUGACAUAGGAUUAAACAGACAAAUACGCGAGUACAAUAGCAAAAGUUUAUAUCCCUUCAAUUCUGCACUGAAACCAAUAUUUGGAAGUCAGUAGGGUGAACAUGCGCCGUGACAGGUUAUUAAUAACUGCUUACAAAAAUUCUAAUAUUCAAUAAUAACCUGCUUCUGAAAAUGGAGGUAAAAAUUAUUUCAAUGAUUUAAAAACUACUCAAAGACCUUUGAAAAACUGUGGAAAACUACCACUAGGUGAAGUUCUUUCAUUUACAAGAGGGCAAGUGAUCCUCAACGGUUUCAAAAACCAUUAAAACAUGUGACCCACCAGGAGAAAAGGGACCUUAUGGGUGCUAGGAUACAAUUGUGCUGUGACGUCGUAAAGAAAGACGUCAACUUAUUGUGUGCGGACUGUAAAAAAAUAUCGUAUUUUUCUCACUUUUCUGGAUUUCGGCAUAUAUACCUAUAGAGAUAUUCUUUAGAUAGUAGUUCAUAUUGGUUACAUUGGGUCUACACUACUGCGCAGUGUGCAUGGAUAAGUGUCACGUGGAUAAGCAGGACAAAGAGGUCUUGUGCAUUAUUCACUCCGUUGAGAUCAUCAUGAUAGCUCGCGAAAGUAACCAAAUAUCUGAAAAGAGUACAUGCUUGUUUCUUGCUUUGUUUGUUGUUUAACGCCGCACUCGGCAAUUUCAGCUAUAUUGGGAAACGAUGACAUGCAUCAACCAAGUCAGCGAGCCUGACCAUCCGAUCCCAUUAGUCGCCUCUUCAGACAUAAGUGUCCGCAGCCUGAAACGGCUACUCUAGGUAAUUACGCAGUGUUGUUAGAAUAUUGUAUUUUUGAAAUUCUUCAUGCGUAUUUUUACGUCAAGGAGUAGAAUGACCGGACAUGUAUAGAGAAAGGGUAGAGUUGCCUCCCUUUUUUGAUAACAGCUAACAAAGAAAGUAAUGCGAAUGAAUAAUUUUUUUAAUGUGUUGUUGAAGAUGAUGGAAUACGUCAUCGUUAAUUGACAACACAAUUUAAAUAUUAAUUGGUUCCCAUAUAACGGGUAUUUUUCAUAAAUUAUUUUACUGAAACAGUACAUCAUUAUUUGUCUAAACCUUUCUGUCAGUUGACUGAUGAGAGCUAAAUGCUAAGGCAGUUUAACAUUUCCGUUUGUUUUCUUUGGUUGAAAAUACAUAGUGCUAUUGAACAGUAAAUGACAAAACAGUAUACCGUCUCCUAGAAGAUGUAAUUCUGGGUUUGUUUUUUAAUUCUAGACAUGUAAAUUCUGAAGAACUAGAGAUAAAGAUAUAAAGGUAGGCAAAGCAUUCUUCAACAAUCGAUACCUGUGCUGUCUGUGACAGAUUCCUUUGUUUGAAGAGUCGAUUGAUGAAUGCCCCGGCGGUGGCCCGAGUUCGAGUAGGUCAUUGAAUCAUACAUCUGGUCAUAAGAGGCGAGUAAAUUGCUUCGGGUGGUCAGGCUUGAUGACUUGCUUGAUAUCUUAUCAUCGUACCUGUCAUUCUAAAUAUCAUUCCUAUUGUUGAUAACCAUUUUUGGAAUAUAUGCGUACACAAUGUUGGAUUUUCCGGAACCUGGCUUAUCCAAACUAAAACAAAACGUAGCACUGAAGAAGCAUUUUUGAAACACAAGAGAUCCCAGUUGCUGUGCCGCAAAGAUCGACACAAAUAAACGGAAAUGAAGCAGGAAAAAAACUGUUUUCAGUGCAUACUUGAACUGAUAUAGGAUUGUGUGCAUUUUGUUCUCUGUGUGUCAGUGCCCUCAUAUAAAACUUGAUCCCGUCCAAAUUGUGUUUUUAAUAAUGUUUUUCGUUUUUAAGCCAAUUAGUUUUUAAGCUUGUUAUGUAUUCCCGUUUUUGCAGAUUCUUUACAAUAAUUAGAGUAUCAACCUUGAUAGGCCUUAAGAAGAAAAAUGACAAGGUGUAGUACUGAUAACAACUCCUUUAGUAUACUUACAGGAAUGACAGAGUGGGAGAACAUAACAUACAUACACAAACAAUAUUAAUAUCAUAUAUAUCGACUCAUUUAAUUUCUUGUAUAAAAACAUCACCUUGUUCCCACUCUUCUAUAACAUGUCAAGUCCAUGUCGAAUAAAGGUCAAGGUCUCGAUUAAACGCCGAUAGUAAACGCUGGGUAGUUUUUAUGCACAGAAUUCUCCCCAUUAUUAGUUUGUGAUUAAACGUCGGGGAUAAAGAUUGUCUUAAAGGAAUAUACGCCCGGGCGUUUGUUUAAUACGGUACUCCUUUGUUAAUCUACACCAACCUUCAUGAAUUAUGCGCGAUAUGAAAUGCAACAGUAUGGAGGGUUUUAAGAACAUAUUACAAUGUACUCCUUUUCAUAAUAAACAAAUUAAUCGCUA